UCUUCUAGCUCAAUCCUAACAGGUCCCACUCCUUCGCACUUUUGCCCCUUUUCUCUCUUCUUGACUCCUAUGAUUUUAGAGAAAAUCCAUGAAUUAAUCCUUACCCCUUCUUCUUCCUUCUCUUUCCUCCCGAUUCCGUUGUUCUCUUAUCGAUUUCUCCUCUUUCAUCGUUUCUUCUUACUCUCUUCAACGAUUCAUAUCCUUUUGCUUUCUUUCUCCAUCCAUUUCCGUCUGAUUGAAGCUCCACCUCAAUUCGAUCGGAUUUGAAUUCUGGGUAAGUUGUUGGUUCUUGAUACAUACAAGAAACCGACUUCAAUUUCAUCACUUGGGUUAUUUGUAUUUUGGGCUAUGAUAGCUUGGUUUUAGGAAAUCUUCUAGACUUUGAGCUCGUUUCUGGGGGACUUGCAGAUUUCCCAGCUGAUUCCAGGACGAUAACUUCUGGGUUUGAAUCAAGUUAGACUCUUUUAUAGAUUUUAUUGACUUAUAAGGUUAAUUUAUAGCUCCUUGAAGUUUGUCUUUGGUUUUGGAGGUCAAAAUGAGUGGGAAUACAUGUCUUUGUAACCGUACUCUGGGUUGAAUUUGGGAAACGAAACAAUGAAGAGAGCAAAGGAUGAUGAGAAGACGAUGGAACCUAUGUUUCCUAGGCUCCAUGUUAAUGAUACCGAGAAAGGUUGGCCAAGAGCGCCUCCAAGGAAUAAGAUGGCCCUCUACGAACAGUUCACUGUGCCAUCCAAACGUUCUAGUCCCGGGGUUCUGCCUCUCAAGACAAACAUCUCCAGUAAACCAGUUGCCAUACCAUCCUCAAGCCAGGGUACAGGAGCCGAUGGAAAUCUGCGCCUGCCAUUAAAUCUGUCUUCAACAACUUCUACUAGUCAGGUCGGAAAUUCUCAAGCUCUUCCAUCUGGUGAAGUAAAUGAGAAUCCUCCAUUGGUUCAGCCUGAGCAGAGUCAGCAGACAACAGAAGCAGAAGAUGAAGAUGAUUUCAUGGUACCGGUAUACAACCAAUCGAGGAUGGGUAAAAGUGGAGUUCAAAAUAGUGACCACAAGGAAAAAUUGUCUUCUCCUGGACCAAAACAUUCUGAUUGUUCUACAAUUUUGCAAGCUGGUUAUGAGAAAGGUCAAAAUGAUCUUGAUCUUACAUCCUCUAGUGCCCACUCGAGACAAGUAACAAAUGGGAAGAAGGUGAAUGAAAAAAGUGGGGUUCAUCCUAGAAAGUCCACAACAAAUUUAUCAGACAGAGGAAAUACUGAUGGACUUCAGAAAGAAACCAAUAUAUCUAAAGAUAAAAUAUUUCAAGAUAAAUCCAAUACCAGAUUUGACAAAUUGCAAGAUAGCGGUGUUCGGCUACAGCGACAUUCAAGAUCCAAUAUUCAAUUGGAUGAGAGUGGAUGUGUCGUUGAUGUAAUUGAGCCUACAAGAUUUGGGGAGGUUGACAGUGUUCCCUGCUCAAGAGUGGACUCUCAUUCUUCAUUAAAGAAUGAGAGCUUCAAUGUUCCUGUUGACAAUGUUGAGAAUCAUGUAGAAAGGACUUAUAGUUCCAUGCAGGUGGGAAAUGCAGACAAAAGUGACAUUGUCUCUGAGAAUUCAAUGGUUGACUCAAUUUCUGGCUCGGAAAUCUGUCCGGAUGACGUUGUAGGAAUAAUAGGCCAAAAACAUUUCUGGAAAGCCAGAAGAGCAAUUAUCAAUCAACAGAGAGUGUUUGAGGUCCAAGUGUUCGAGUUGCAUAGACUUAUCAAGGUCCAACGGUUAAUUGCUGGAUCACCUCAUCUAUUACUUGAAGAUGGUGUCUUUCUGGACAGUUCUUCUCCAAGCCCUCUUCCUGCAAAGAAACUUAGGUCAGACUACACUGUCAAAUCACAUGUGCAACUUCAGCCCAGUGAUGACCCUAAGAAGCCAAAACACAAUGUGGAAUGUUCAGCGGAAAAUGCUGUUGGGAAGACUUCUCUUCCUCUUGAGCCAAUUAAUUGCCAGCCUUCAACUAAUGGGCCUUAUUCAGUACAAAAUCCACAACCAACUUCUGUUUCUUCUGAUAAUAAAUUAAGCAGUUGGUACCAGACAUCAGCACAUCACUGGCUGGUCCCUGUAAUGUCUCCUUCUGAAGGACUCAUCUAUAAGCCUUACCCUGGGCCUGGAUUUAUUUAUGGAGGAUGUGGACCUUAUGGUCCAAUGACCCCAAUGAUGAAUCCAUCCUAUGGAUUUCCAGCUUCUGUUCAUCAAGGAAUUGGAGCUCUUCCUAGCACUCCCAUGGUUGGUGGUUCCUUCUUCCCCCCUUAUGGCAUGCCAGUCAUGAACCCGGGUAUGUCAGGUUUUGCUGUCGAUCAAGUUAACUGGUACGCAGGAGAUCCAAAUCAAUUAUCGGGAGGUGUGGCCGCUUCCAAUAUACAGCAUCAAACUUCAUAUGAUGUUUCAACACAGAGAGAUAGAGAUGAAAAUCAAACUGUUUCACGAACUGCCAAGUCUCAAGCACCCAAAAGGAGUGAAGUACAAGUAAGUACUGCAAGCAGUCCUGUAUGUAGUCCUCCUAGCAAAGUGCAAGGAAAUAAGGCCAAUCGAACUGCUGAAAGCCACAACGUGCUUCCACUUUUCCCUUUAGCUCCGCCUCUUGUAGAGGAAGGUCCUCAACCUUCAGACUCUGACCAAACACGCGUGAUUCGAGUUGUCCCACACAAUAGAAGAUCUGCAAACGAAUCGGCUGCUCGAAUUUUCCAAUCUAUUCAAAAUGAGAGAAAACAGUAUGACUCAAUUUAGCGAGUUCCUUCUCCCCUUUUCCUUUCUCCAUUACCUCAAUUAUCUUUGAAUUGUCUCACUAUGUUGUUUAUUAGUUUAUUUUACACACUGCUUUUGGAGUAUAAUGUUUUGUUUACCUUCUCCCCCCUGUUCCCCUACCUCAGAACAGUUUAUAUUCAUAUGUAAAUACAUCUCUGGAGAUUUACGUGUCAA